AUGCCUGACAAAGUCGCCCGAUCCGUCACCGCCCGCUCAAGCAGAUCAUCUGUUGAAGAGCAGAGCAACCCAUACCAAUUUGACGAUGACAUGCAACUGAACGAUGUCUACCUCAACGAGACCAAUACUGAGGCGCAAGCUCUACUCGAUCUGUACAAUACCACUGGUUAUACCCAGCAUACCAUCCCGGCCUUUUUCGAACAGAUCAUGGUUCCCGCACCAGACUUCUUGGGUAGUGACUACAUGCAACCGCCUCCAGAUCUGACCGCAUGGAUGCCAGAGAGUGACUGGCUUGGUCAGGUUGACAUUUUUGGCAAUGAUUUCACUCCAACUGUCAGUCAGAUGCUAGAAGUGCAGACAUCGCAGGUGACAGCCUUGCCUUCUGCAACGCCGCCUCUUAAUACAGAUGUUUCUCACGAGAAGAUUGAUAGCAACUCCGCGAAGAGGCGCCAUGCAGUCUUCAAACAGUCUGCCUGGUUCUGGAUCCCCGAGCGUAACCAGCACGCUUUCAGCGAGCACGAAAACAUCGCUUUGGACGAGCGUAACGUAGAUCUUGCCUCGUCACCACACAUGCCAUAUUCUUCCAACGUUGUGAUCCCAGAUAAGCUAUCGCCGGCAGCCCGUGACCGCAUCUUCCAAUUGGUGUCGAAGACAGCACAGAGCCAUAUCACCAUUCCUUCUUUCCCUUCGGCAGAGUGCGUCGACAAGCUGAUCAAAGUUGGAAUUGCAAAAAGAACUGAAACGGAUGCAUGGAUCCAUCCGUAUACCUUCGAAAGCGAGACUGCCCGGCCAGAAUAUCUCACUGCCUUGGUGGCAGCUGGGUGCGUAUGUUUUGGCGUACUCUCGGUGAGCAGGACAGGCUUGGCGCUACAGGAGAUAGUCCGAGUCGCGUUGAACAGGCUGUCCGAGAAUGAUAACAGUGUGAUACGCGACCUUGAAUAUCUCCAAGCUUCGAUGCUUUGGCUUGAUAUCGGGGCAUUCUGUGGGUACAGGAGGAAGAUGGAAAUCGCGGAGAGUAGCUUGCAAUCUCUUGUCACGGCACUACGGCGCGCCGGUAGAUUCGAUUACAUCCGGUAUCCUGCAGUUACACCGUCUGCAGAGGAUGGCGACGAGGAACUACAUGCAAAGUGGAAGCAGUGGGUGGAGCAAGAAUCUUACAAGAGGUUGGUGUAUCACUUGUUCGAGCACGAUAUCCACAUGACUAUGGCCAAACAUCGCCCGCCACUUAUCAGCUACGCUGAACUUACGCUCAUGUUGCCUGCCUCGAAGACCCUGUGGUUGGCACCUUCAGCAGAGACAUGGCGAAUGCGCUAUCUUGACAUGGACGUCGUCGCCAGCGCUCCCUCACUGCAAACACUUCUGAAAGACGAAGCUGCCAUACACUGUCUUCCUGCCACCAUCGACAUGCAAGUCGCUCACUCAUCUUAUCUGCAUGGCAUUGCUGCCCAAAUCUGGGAGUAUACACAGCAAUCUGCGCUGAUGAACGAGAGCAGCGACGCCGCUUCACAGCUCUGGGCUCGAUCUCGUCAGGAAAAACUGUUGGUGUAUCUUCUCUCAUACUCGAUGAAGCUGACACUCCCCCGCAGAUACCAAUACCUUCAACGCGAAGAUCUUGUACCUAGCAAACAUCCAGCCGUGACCUGUCUGUUCCACCAAUUCUUGCAGAUGUACCUCCACGUCAACCUCGAUCUAAUCACGCGCUUCGCCGGCAAAUGCGGUGAGAGCGCUGCCAACAGCGCGUACACUCACCUCUCACCCUGGAGCCAAACCAAAGAAGCCAGAGUCGCCAUCUGGCAUGCUGGACAGGUAGUCCGAGCUGCGCGACAAAUCCCGCCAUACCAGAUCCGCGGCCCAGAUUCCUUCAUGUUGUACCAUGCCAUUAUGGUCCUCUGGACAUACAGCAUGAUGACGCGCGACCUAGCGAAGAAGACCGGUACUACGACGCCGAUGCGCACACGGCCAAGUUCGCUUCCGGGCAAACUUAUCUACCUCGAUGAUGCCGCCUCUGAUAACCAGGCUGGCGUUAAUGCCUUCAUUGCUACGAACAGCGGUAUACCGUGCCUUCGCAUCAUCUCUACGCACCAGCCGGUGGCAUCGGAGUCUGGAGCGAUUGCUCGGCCCGAAAUCUGCAACCUCAAGUAUCCUUCACAGGUUAUGAAGGUGGGCGUUAUGCUUCUUGAAUCCACACAUCCUGACGUGGAUCGUGAAACUGGGCCGCCGCUCGUGCGGGCGCUUUGUGGACUGAUGGAAGAACUUGGAGGUCUGAGAUGA